GUGAAUGGCAUACCCUUAUAAUAAAUGCAUGGUUUAUUGGAAACACAAUACGGCAGAGUCCAUGUUAGUAAGAUAGCGUCCGGUAACCAAGGAACGAGCCAGCCAACCGUGAAUCUUAAGUACGAACGGAAGUAACCACACCAGAUUUGUAUUUCUAAAAACAUCUCGGGAGUUCGGGCAGAUACAGUGAUCGUUCGUGGACGUCAAAGAUACCAAUAUGGCUGACAAGAUUGGGAAAGCAGCGGCUGGAUGUAACUUCGUGGCCCAGGACCAGAUCUGGAAGGACCACGUGCACCACGAGCAGACUGCGACUAAGACGUGGCCGGGGAGCUGGGGUUUCCUUACCACGAAAUACGAGGACUUGGUGAAAGACGAUUUCCCUGAAUGGGACAAAGACAAGAAGACCCAACCACUAUUCCAGAUGAAACCAGUGACCCCUAUUGAGGAGUACAUAAAAGUGGAACCGUCCCCUAAACCUUUCCCCAAAACUACCGCGCGUGACAUUGGCUGGAGGUCUACAAAUCCCACAAACAAACUGGAGAAAUAUGGCAAGUACGCCAAGCCGAAAGGGGGACUUAUCAGGCAACUCAACUGGCCAACGGAGGCCAUCAACUAGUGUGGGAGACAACUUCAGGUGUAGGACGAAACAGUGGAAUAAUAUUAGCGAGAACAUCAUGGAGGUAUACGGUAUUUCUCGUCAAUCAGCUCCGUAAUGGUAGCCGAUCUAGAGACUGAUUUCGGAGGGGGGUAUUUUUCUUUAUAUACCCCCAAACCUGUAUAUUCGGAACAUAGUCUAAAGAAAUGUGCGAGAGUUAAAUAUAGUAUACAUCGUUUAUAACUGAUAGGUAAUCCUAUACUCUGCAAGAUACAAAGAACAUUGUCACAAGAAACUGUUUUUUUUUUUUUUUUAAUUAUUUCAUGAAUAAUGUAAAUAACAGAAUUAAUUGAAUUCAUAUGAUAGUCUGUAUCAGUAACAGUAACACAACUCACAGUAUUAUGACUAAGAUAUUACUGAAAAUUCAUUGUAAAGUUUUCAAGGGUAAUUCCAAAUAUACUACAUUAAAUAUCAUAUAAUUCACAUGUGCUCGUUAGUAUGAAAUAAAGCACUAAUAAGUAAAGAUUAAUCAAAGUGUCUAAACUUAAUUACAGCUGAGCAUAGCGAAUUGUUAUUGGAUAGAAUGCUGUUAACGUUAUCCUGUUUAGCGCUAUAUUUCGCGGUGUGAAACUUUCGGGAUUUUUCAUGAAAGCGAUUCGUUUGAAUAACGGGGCAAUAUCAUAGAAAGUCAUUAAUUUAAACUCUCGCUGCCCAAUGGUAACGAAAUCUUUGGGUUUAAAUUCGAGUUUUUUUCAGAUCACGACUAUAACGAGAGUAGAUCUUCCGUGAAAUACAAGCACCAUACAGUACUAGUAGCAAUCUUGCCAUCGUUAAAAAUCUUGUAAAUUAACAUUAACUACAUUAAAACUAAACACUGAUACCUUUUACCAUAUUUAUGUCAAAACAAUUCCUACACUGACAGUUCAGCACAGACUGUAAUCGUCCUAACAACACUACUAACACGAAUAACAUACAGAUAGAUUUGAUGAAUUUGUGAGCACUGCCGUUAUACUGUGGACCUGUAUCUGGUACCACAACCGCUUAUGAUAUUGUUAGGUCUACCAUCUCCUUGUCAAUAGAGUUACCUUGGGUAGCCUAUCAGUACUUACAGUAUUACCCACUUGUAUAGAGAUAUUGGGCUUUAUUACAGUUUGUCAAAUUAAUUCCUGAUUUAGUUUCUUAUUAUUGGCCAUCGGGCACAAAACAUUGGCAACCGUAAUAGCAUGUGUAGUGGCCAAUUUCAACAGAGUGCGAUAUAUUGGUAUACAGAUGUUACAUUUCAGGUCCCUAUUUAUUGGAACACGAAAUGUAUUUACCAGGUAAAAGUAAUUUUAUCACACAUUGUCCAUGAUUUCUAGUAUUGAGCUUUACUGUGCACGUUUUUGUUUUCUCGUAGUUAGUUUACACAGAAGCCUUUGUGACGAUUUUCACAUUUACUCGAGCUUAAAACUGUAUUCGAGGAUCUUAAAUGUUUUGAAAGGCACAGUAACAUUGUUUUGUUCAUUUUGGUGCUUUGUACAUAGACUUAAUUACCAUGAUUACCUGUGACACUCAGGUCUGGUCAUCGUGUUUGUAAACAUUUCUAUAUUAAGAUUAUUUUGAGAUUAUCUGUUGUUAACAUAGAUAUCUUAGAAUUUCUGUAUUUUAAUUUAUUGUAUUAUUUUUCUUUUGUUUUGCUCAAUCAAUCGACAUGCAGUAAGCUAGGAUAGGCUACAUUCUUUGGUUAUAUCUGGUGUAAAGGAACCUUGCAUUAUUAGCGUUAUAUUCAGAAAUUCCUUUUUAACUUUGACCUGUUUGUAUUACUCACUUUUAUUUUUUUGUUUUCUUUUUGCUUGUUUUAGUUAGAGUAUUAUUUAAGUCUAUACAUUGAGUCUCUUUUGAGACACAGACAUGUGGUGAUAUCAUUGACGUUAGAUAGAAAUAAGGCUGUGAUUUUUGAGAAUGAUAAAUGGUUGUCUUUCAUAUAAUUAGACACACGUACAAAUUUAGAACAAAGCACCCCAUCAAUGUAUUUUGUUUCCUCUGAAUAAUUGUUUGCGGUCGGAGAAUCGAUCAAAAAAUAGAUAACAUGCUCUUUAUUUGGGUAUAAAUUAAUAUUUUGACAACGAAAUUAUAUUUGAUAGAAUUUUCUAUGGUGCGAUUUAACUGUGAUAUUACAUGUAUAUCAUACAGUAAACUUUACCGGCUGAUGUCGAAUGAUCGGAAAUGGAGUUGUUAACAUGUUAAUAAUACCACAGUUACUGUGACGGGCUGUCUUCAGCGUGUGUUCAUGUUGUGUUUGCGUGUGAAUGACUUUGAUUUGCCCGUGAUCAGUAUUAUUAUUGUUAAGUGUAUAAUUAUUACUACGUUUUGUCAGCACACUGUAUACAGUCUUGGAUUACUCAGCAAAAUGUUACACUUCGGUGUGUAUUGAAUAAAAUCAUUCCAACAGUCAAA